CAUUCAGCGAGAAGAAGCGGCCCGAGCCUCUGACGCGAGAACGAACCUCGAGCUCCUCGUCUGGAUCAUCACUCAAGAUCCCUCGAACCCCACGAUUUGCGGAAGCAACGGCUGUACACUCCCCAAUCGAGCAGAGCGAAGAUAGCAGAUCACCUUUCGCAGACCCUCCACGCUCUCAAUCCAGCAUGGCUCAAGCACAGCCAUCCGAUAUUGGCUUCGGCUACAUCUCUAACAAUGAACCAUCACGGCAUAUUGUUGAGAUCCCAGCUAUGCCAGCCUCGCCCGGGCCACUGAAGAGUGCAAUGAAAGUUCCAGGAACUCCAGGACGAAGGAUAGACAACCCUUUGAGCCCUACCUUCCGAGAAGAGCAGAUAUUGGAGAAGCAUGAAGAAUUUACCGAGAAGGAACAAGCAAAGGAUCUGAAAGUCAAGACAAGAGUACGAAUCGCCAAGUUCAUUCUCCGAGGAGUGAACUUCAGCUGCAGUCUUAUCGUUCUCUCUAUGGUCUCCGUCACAUUCUCCAUCUUCGAAUCAACCAAAGCUUUACCAGCACGAAACAAUCUCCCUGCUUGGGCCGUCGGUACGAAAACAUGGCCACAAAAGGUCAUUCUUGCAACCUCUUGUGUCUCCCUGGCUCUCUGUCUUUGUAUCUUCUGGAACUACUGGAGAGGCGGUCACAGGCGAGCAGAAAAGGUCGCAGUCUAUUACACACUCUUCGCCGUUGGAUUCUUCGUCUUCAGUACAAUUAUGUGGGCUAUGGCAGCUGGUAUUCUUCAAGGAGCCAAAAGCAACAGCAGCAACAAGGAUAUCUGGGGUUGGUCUUGUGUUGACAACAAAAGACGAGAUCUAUUUUCUGAAAAGGUUGAUUAUGCACUGGUUUGCAGAUUACAAAGUUGGUCUCUCAUUUGUUGUCUUAUCGAAGUCGUCCUCGAAUGCAUCACCAUCAUCCUCUACGGCGUCGUCUUCUAUAGAUACUACUCGAAGCAACGCCUCCGCAAGUCCAUGGAUGUCCGUGACCGCGCUCGUUCCGACCUUUACCUCGCUCAACUCCGCUCCCAAUCCGCACCGAACACUCCCGGCUUCGGACCCCUAUCUCCAUCCUACUCAACCCACAUGAAGUCCCCUCGCUUCCCACCCGCAGCCUACAGCUCCAACCUCGACUCCAUGGCCGAAGAAGGUUUCGGGCCCGGUACUCGCUUCGUAGAAGCCAAGCCCGCCUCCGCCAAACCAGCCAAGCCCUUCGCGCUCCAACCUCCUCCCAUCAAAGUCCACGCCGCGACUCCCAAGACCCCUCAAGCUGGAUUUGAUGCCCCGGCCCCGAGAAAAGAGAGAGUCAUUGAGCACGUAGCUGCCGCGCCUGGCGAACAAACUUAUGACGCUGUCCCGAUUCCCGGCGCGUAUGCGAGUCCGCUGAACAGUCCUGGCAUGACACAACCUCAGCACACGAGGUUUGGCAGUGUAGGCGAGGCGAUCACUAGCGAUGUUCGGAUCGAGAGUCCGCCGGGAAGUCCAAGGGGUUGGAAAUAGAUGAUUUGAGUGUUUUUGCUUUGUAUUCUUUUUCUUUUCUCUCUUUUUCUCUUGUUUGGAGGAUACUUUUAUCUUUUUUUGUGGGAGUUGGUGGGAAACACCGUUAUUGAUCGAUUUGAGAUGAAAUGGAAUGGAGUGGAGUGGAGGAACAUUAUAUACCUGUGAAUCGAAUGAAAUGGGGAGGAGAGGAGAGUCGCUCGCUGGACGUAUAUUA